AGGAGCACCUCCUAUGGUGUGGGACUAGGAGCACCUCCUAUGGUCAGGGACUAGGAGCACCUCCUAUGGUCAGGAACUAAAAUCACCUCCUAUGGUCAGUGCCUAGGGACUAAGAGCACCUCCUAUAGUCAGGAACUAGAAGCACCUCCUAUGGUCAGUGCCUAGGUACUAAGAGCACCUUCUAUGGUCAGUGCCUAUGAACUAGGAGCACCUCCUAUGGUCAGUGCCUAGGGACUAAGAGCACCUCCUAUGAUCAGUGCCUAGGAACUAGGAACACCUUCUAUGAUCAGUGCCUAUGAACUAGGAGCACCUCCUAUGGUCAGGGACUAGGAGCACCUCCUAUGGUCCUAGCGACUAGGAAGCCUUCCAUGGGACGAUCGGGCAUGCUGGCUGCAGCUAUGGGCAGCUCAGGAUUGUGGAACUGGAGCCUGGCCACCCUGGUCAGCCUCAUCCUUGCUAUGCUCUUCUGUAGAGUUACACAGUCUAGAGGGGCCCUGGACAACUUCCAGAGGUUUUCAGCACCAUCAACAUAUCUACCUGUAAACUAUCAGAUAACUACAGCAGAAACUGCCUUUCUCAUGAAAGAGAACAACCAGGAUUUUAUGAGGAAUUCUAGCUUGCAAUCAAGGGUAGAGUCUUUCUUCAUUCAUAAAUCUCGAAGAACUCCAAUACUGAAUGCUAGCUAUGGACCCUUCUUUGCUGAGCGGGACAUUUCAGAAGACCUUCUGUUGUCCUCUCAGGUAUUUGCAUCCAACAAGUUUACCUUUAACUGGAAGCUAAAAACUUAUCUAAUCAAUGAUAAAGUAUAUCCCAACAAACCAAAAGUCCAAGUUCUAUUCUAUAUUGCUGGCAGAGACUGGGAUGAUUAUAGUGACACAGAAAGGCUUCCAUGUCUAAAAUUGUUUGCCUUUCGAGAAACCAGAGAGGCAAAGGGGAGCUGCAGGUUGCAAGGAAUUCUUGGAUUAUGUGUAGCAGAACUUGAUUUCCAGCCCUCCUGGUUUACCUCACCCCCUGUUGUUACAGGUCGUAAGAGAAACCAAGAGCAGUCUGAUGGUAUUCCUGUGGAUCUUUACUAUAGCAUACAUUCAGAAGAAGCAGAGUGCACAGCUGAGGAAGCAAGGAAAGGAAAUUCCAUCCGCCCUGGUAGAGACCAAGGGGAAGAUUCCCUUUCCCACCUACAGAGGAUUGCCACUGUAACAAUAUAUCGUAAUCCAGAAAAUUCUCAGCUUACAGAGCUCAGGUUGGACAGCAAUGUUGCUCUCUGGCUACCAUCAAAGCCAACUAAACAAGGGGAAAUCUUACAUGUAUACAUCACAGUUGCUAACAAUUCAACACUGGAUCAGUUUACACUAAGGGCUAAGGUGAAGAAAGGUGUCAACAUUCUGAAUGUGAAGAUCAGUGAUGCUCGGCAGUGGGAUGUUAAGCAAGAACUGGGAAAUGGAGGAAAACAUUCCACCACAACUGUGGCCUGUCAAAGAAUAGGACCAAGCCCUCGCAACAGGAGUAACAGUCUAUUUACAGAGGUCGUACAGAUGAACUUUGAGAUCACCAGUUUCAGCAGCCUUUCCGGAACUCAACCCAUCUCCUGGCAGCUAGAAUAUCCUGGAAAACCCACAGCCGAUCUGGUUCUGUCUGAGGUCUUCAUUAGUCAGAAGGAUAUUCAGGGAAUUGUCCCCCUCUCUAUGGACACAGAGAUUUUGAAUACUGCUAUUCUUACGGGAAAAACAGUGGCUGUACCAGUUAAAGUUGUUUCAGUUGAAGAAGAUGGAUCUAUAAUGGAUAUAUCUGAACUGGUGGAAUGCAAGUCUUCUGAUGAGGACGUUGUUAAAGUUUCAGAAAGAUGUGACUAUGUGUUUGUCAAUGGGAAGGAAAUGAAGGGCAAGGUUGGAGUGAUGGUGAACUUCACAUACCAAUAUCUGAGUGCAUCUCUGCAGAUUACCAUCUGGGUUCCUCGACUGCCUCUGCAGAUAGAUAUCUCUGACACUGAACUCAGCCAGAUUAAAGGAUGGAGAGUACCUAUUAUUUUCAACAGGAGGCCCACUAGAGACAGCGAUGAUGACGAUGAAGAUGAGCGCAGGGGAAGAGGAUGUUCACUUCAGUACCAACAUGCAAUGGUUCGGGUUCUUACUCAGUUUGUAGCUGAAGACCAUCUUGGACAGCUUGCUUAUCUGUUGAGUUCUGAUUGGCAGUUUGAUGUGACAGAUCUGGUGACAGAUUUUAUAAAACUAGAGGAGCCUCAUAUUGCAAAACUACAAGAAGGAAGACUGCUAAUUGGGCGAGAGGUUGGAAUGACAACAAUACAGGUGAUGUCCCCUCUCUCCGAUUCCAUCCUAGCAGAAAAGACGGUGACAGUGCUGGAUGACAAAGUGACAAUAACAGACAUCGGAGUGCAACUUGUCUCCGGACUGUCACUCUACCUUCAGCCCAGCACAGCAAAUAACAAGGCUGUUGUAGCCACCUCUGUGGCCCAAGAACUGCUGCACACUCUCAGACAGGAAGCAGUUGUCAGCGUUUGGAUACAGUUUAGUGAUGGAGUUGUAACACCCCUUGACAUCUACGAUUCCAAGGACUUUUCCAUAUUUGCUACAUCCCUUGAUGAAUCAAUUGUUUCCACUCAACAAAGUACCGGUAGUUUAAUUAAAUUUCCCAUCGUGAUAGCAGAAGGGGAAGGACAAGGGGCUCUGGUAAAGGUUGACUUCAUGAUUUCUGAAUCUUGCCAAAAAUCUAAGAGAAAAAGUGUUCUUGCGGUAGGCAAUGGAUAUAUCAAGGUCAAGUUUGGGCAAAAUGAUGCAAUUUCUCCUGGUGGGAGUGAGUAUGAUGAGGAGGAUAUUGAAAAUCACACCAGUGACCGCAGACAGAAAACCACAGACCAAGAUCGUUAUGGUAGCGAUGGGAGGUAUGAUGGCUCUGUUCUAGAACAUGAUAAAAGUGCCAUACGAAAAGGAAGUACUACUGCUAGAUCAGUGUUAAACAAUAGAAUGUAUGGGAACAGAUUUUCUGAAGAUAGUCCUCUGCAAAACAUCCCAAUAGAUUUUACCAAUUUUCCUGCCCAAGUAGACUUACCGAAAAGCAAUGGAGAGGCAGAAGACAAUGACCUCAUGCAAGCACACAGAGGCUUGAGUGAUCUAGAGAUUGGAAUGUAUGCAUUACUUGGGGUUUUCUGCCUUGCCAUCCUAGUCUUCCUAAUAAACUGUGCCACAUUUGCCCUGAAAUAUCGUCACAAACAAAUGCCAGUGGAAGGACAAGCAAACCUGACUCAUUCUCAUGACUGGGUAUGGCUGGGUAACGAAACUGAGUUACUAGAAAGCACACCAGAUGUAUCCCCACAGCAAGAUGAGCACACCACCAUCAUAGACCGAGGGAUUACCUUAGAAGAGAGUCAUCAUCUUUUCAAUGGUAAUACACAAAAGAAUGUGCAGAGCCACUCACAUCGAUCAGGAGAAGAAACAGAAAAAACUGUGAAAAACAAGAAAAAUGAUCCCUUGCAUUCCCCAACUUCAAAGAGAAAGCGAGUAAAAUUUACUACCUUCACCACAAUCCCCGCUGAUGACAGUUGUCCCACAGUCAACUCAUUAUUGACAGCCAACGAAGAUGAUAUUAAAUGGGUGUGCCAAGAUAUGGACUUGGGAGAAUCCAAGGACCUCAGAAACUAUAUGCAGAAGUUUAAAGAUAAAAUAUAAAUAGCCAGUUGAGAUGAUGUUCUGCAAAUAUCAAUGCCUUCAAGUUUUUUUUUAUGAUUUAUUGUGAUUAUGAAGGACCACUGGGUUCUCCAACCCCAUGUGUUCUCUAACACAUAGAUGCCAAAAUGUGCAUAGUUUUCUAAGACAGAGCAAAUACUAAGUUAAUGAAAAUCAGAUGGAUGUAUAGACUGGAAGGGAAUGAGUCAGCAAAUGAAUGUUCUUAUAAAAUUCACAAGAUAAUAAAGUAAAAAAAAUAUUUCAUGCAUACAGUGGAGGUACCAAAAACAGUUUAUAAAAAAACAAAAAAAAAAUAUGAAAAAAAUGAUUUUAUAUUUCUAAGAAAUGUAACUAAAGGACAAUAUGUAAAACAAUAUUUUCACAAACCUAGAAAGCAUUCCUUGCCCCAUUUCUGUAAAUAUGUAUAAUAAAUGGGGGAGGGAGACUAUGUCAGUAAAAGUUUUUUUGUGUUAUUCAAAUUCUUGCAAGGGCCUACAUAGAAGGUUAUUUAUGAUGGUACAUAUAUACUACUUGUAUCUAUCAAUGUCUUCCCCCAUAAAGCAUUAAUCCCAGUGGAGUCAGUUAAUACAGAAUUUUAUUGCAUAAAGCAUAAUACAGUAUUACCGUGUAACUGAUGGCAACCAAUACAAAUGCAGUAAUUGAUUGGACAUUUAUUGUGUAAAAUCUGAUUGUCUGCUUUGGGUUGCUCUGGUUUGCAUUUUUAAUUGAACAAAGCAGAAUCUGAACAAUUUGCAGGCUAAUACCAUAUUUGACUGUAUGAUCCUCUGACCUACCAGCAAUGCACAAUUGACCUGAUGGUACUAGAAUAUUAUUAGGUUGUUUUUUUUUUUCUUUUGUGGAUGCUGUUAAUGUGAAUAUAAUGAGUUAAUUCAUACAUGUAAUAGGUGAGGUGGUGAUACCGUGUAAACCUAUAGUAACCAAUGAAAUUCCAGCUUGGUUAAGGGUAAUGAGAACAAUGGCAGAUUAUUGCAAUGGGUUUCUGUACAUUACAUAUGUUUUAAUAAACAAUGGCCUACAGCAUGUCCACAGAAAUGAAUGAUGCCUGCCAGAGAGGGCAUCUUAAUAAAUGCUUAUGCACUAAAUGGUAGCGUAUUUAAACUCAAAAAGACAUGGCAGCUAAUUUGAAUCAAAGGUUUUGGCCUACUGGUGCUACAAUGUCAACGCAUCUUUAACCCAUGUAUUUGAGAAUGUUUUCAGGGAUAAAUUAAAAAUUUCUGAUGAGCUAAAGCUGAUCAGGCGCUUUAACUAUAAA